AUGAACGAAGAAUACAAUUUUGACAGUGAGACAGUACCUGUGAUGAUACAAUCAUAUAUGGACUGGGAAGAGACUGCAGCAGUAAAUGCAGCACAAAAAGAAGCAAAGAGGAAGACCAAACCUCACUCCAAGGAGCCCUCCCUUGAUGUAGUGAAGAAGGAAAGGGGAUCAUACAUUACCAAGAACGAAGCAGAGGUAGUCAAUUUGAUCAAUUUGUUGCAAGAGUUUGAGAAUAUGUCUAUCAGUGAAGCGAGUAGAAAGAUAGGGCUCUCCAAGUCAACAGCUGCUCGUAAACUCAAGCAGUGGAAUCAAAUGACAAGCGGAAUAGCUGAAAAAGGAUUCCCUGAUUCUAUCGCAAUCAAAGAAGGAAAGGGACGACCCACAAUACUCAAAGACGAACAUACUGUAUUUAUCUUUGAGCUGCUGGCUAAUGAGCCAACAUUGAUAGUUGAAGCUGUUACAGGCCACCUGUCAAAUGAAUUUAGAGAUAUACAGAUCACCCCCAGAUCAGUGGAGAAUCACAUGAAGAAGAAGUGUCGCCUAACCUACAAGCGUAUCAUUCCUAGAUAUUAUGGCAGAAACACGGAUGAAACUGUUGCCAAAAGACGAGAUGCGGUAGCAUACUGGGUUAGCCAGAACAUAGACUUUAUGAAUGAAUGUGUAUUCUUGGAUGAAGCUGGCUUUAACAGGAGUAUGCAUCGCUCAUAUGGAUGGUCUGAGGCUGGAACACCUUGCAAAAUUGAUGUUCAAACGAAGGGAGCAAAUGUCAGCAUCUUGGGUGCUAUUUGUAAAAGUGGUUUAAUCACAUUAUCCAGAAAAGAAGUUGUACUUACUGCUAGGAGUGGAAAACGAACUCGAACUGGUGAGAAAUCUCAGGCCCCCAAGAGGAAGGGUACUACCAGCAGUGGCUUCCUUGAAUACAUAGAGCAAGUCCUCACGACACUGGAUGCGGCUAACAUGAGCUACAAAUAUCUAGUUCUUGACAAUGCAUCCAUUCACAAGGCUGCACUUAUUGAAGAUUGGGUUGGGCAACGUGGUUAUAAACUUCUCUUCUCACGAGAAGAGCCCAGGAGAUAUUUGACUAAGGAUAGUACUGUCAGCACUUUAUCAGAUGGUUAUCGUGAGAGAACAAAGAUACUCGACCGAAGCCGCAAGCAAGAGAGAGAGAGCAAUCAGAACCACACCAACAACAAAGCAAACGUUCACGUCAGUGAAACCCAUCAUCCACAGUUGAGAGCAGAAGAGACUCGGUAUAUGUGA